AGUUGCCCGCCAAAUUCAAGCUGCGGGGCCGUUGGCGGUGUGGUGUCGGCUCGGCGUCGGGAUGGAGGUGCUCACCUUCCCCCACUACAGCCCCGACGAUAUCAUCACUUACCUCCGCGGCCUCAUCCUAACGGGCGCAGAGGCCCGGAACCUGGUCAAAAGUGACGUGUUCGGCAACCCCAAGCUCGAAGUUUUACACAUGAUUUACAUGAGAGUUCUGCAGAAAGUAUGUGGAAUCCGCCUGGAGCAUUUUUACAUGAUGCCAUUCAACAUGGGCAUAAUGUAUCCACAGAUAUUUGAAGGCUUUCUACCUGUUUGUAACUUGUAUAUUCACAUGGAACGGUUACUUCCAGUGUGCCAGAUUAAUGAUUUUCAAAUUGCUGAUGUGUUAAACCCAAAAACAAAGAGGACAGUUCGCUUCUUGAGUGGUAUUCUCAACUUUGUACAUUUCAGAGAAUCACGACGUGAGGUCUACUUGGAGUUACAACAGAACUAUAAAUCAGCUAUGGAGAAACACCAACAACUGGAGACUGCAAAUCGGGAGGCAGCAGCAAAACUGGAGAAACUGAACACUGUUCCAGUUGAACAUCAAGCAGAGGUCAAGCAGCUAACAGAUAACAUUCGAGAACUGGAACAACUACUAAGGCAAGACUAUCGUCGAAAACAAAUAGCUUUGCAAGAAGUAAUUUCACAGAAGAAGUCGGCUAUUGCAGAGAGUACCCGAAAACUGAAUGAACUUAAAGUGACAAUGGCUACUUUGAAAGAAGAACAAGAGCAGCUGAAAUCAAAAAUUGUGGAGAGCCCAGAGGAACUGAAAAAUUACAAAGAACUGAUGAAAGAGACUGUUAAGAAACUCAAGAAAUCCAAGCAAGAAAUUAUUGAGAAAUAUGAAGGUUACAGAGACCUAGUUGAGGUUCUGCCAUCAUGUCAACUGGAGGUGCAGUUAUAUCAAAAGAAGAUGGAAAGACAGGGAGCAAACGUGGAAAGACUGGCCAGUGUAUUAUCAGAGGUCAGAGAUCUGGAGGACCAGCUUGAGAGUGCUCAGAUAGAGCUGAAAAAGGGGAAGACAGAUGAAACGUCCUUAAAGAGACUGGUCACUGCAAAACAUGAGAAGCUGUCUACAGCUGAAAUAAGGAUAAAAAAGAAGCGUGAAGAUGUUGAGCAAUAUAAGCACACUGUAUUUGAGUACUGUAACAGAGUUCAGGAGAAAAGGGAUGCUGUAUAUGAUAAAGUGAUGGCCAUUCAGAAAGAAAUCCACCAGACAAGGUUCAAAAUCCAGCAACUGAAUGAUAAUGCUGAAAAACAAGAAAUGAAAGCCAAGGAAAUAUACCUGAAUCUGAAGGCUUGUUUGGAGAAGCAUCAUGAGUCUCUCAUUAAGACAGCAAAGAGUUACGCAGCCUCACGAGAAGAUAAAAUUGCUGAACUGGAGAAGGGGCUGCUUAGAGUUCAGACUCCUGGAAGUAGUUCUUAGACUUGUCUUUGCUUGUAUUCCACUUUCAUUAUGUUUAUCCUUGUAUCUGAACUUAAGAGCUUGCGCUUUGUGUGGCAUGGAUAUUAAUGACUUGAUUUUUUUCCACAGUCUUUAUAAUUAUUUCAAAAAAUAAAAUGUUAAUUUUUAAAAUAGUUGAUUUAAGGAUAUUUAACCCUCUCUCUUAUGUCUUUUCCCCCCUCCCUGCUCUCUCCCAACUGACUUUGCAUAACAUUCCAAUUUAAAAAUUUUGGUUUGGACAUUUGUAGGAAUGUGUACUGCUAGAAGUUUUGGUGUGUGUGUUUUUGGUUUUGUUUUUUUUGUUGUUUUUUUUUUUUUUUUAAUAGUGAAGGGAGGAUGAUUCAAGCCUGUAUAAAGAUAUCUUUCUGGUCUUGUUUAAUUCUUCAACUUCUUUUAUUAGCUAGAGGUGCUAGCAAGUCAGUUAGGAGCAGCAGGUGAUCAUUGCUUCUAAAGCUUUUACUGGGGCAUCAGAACCUUCUAAGGUCUUGCUUUGAAGAUUUUUCUUACAUUGAAGCAUGUGAGACAUUUCACGGAAAGUCUCUGUUAAUCUACAUGUCUUAAUCUAAGUACAAAGCUUCUCAUACAGUUUUCCCAUUUCCACCAAAUAUAGUUUGUGUGAUGGGGUGUGUGUGUAGCACAACUUCAUGUUUUUAAGUAAGUUCUGUUAUCCCAACAGUCCUGCAAUGUUGUGCAGCAGCAUCUAGUGUAGAGAUCAGUGAAAGUCUAACUGCGAAGGUAGAUGAUUUUUCCAAGAGCUAAAGAUGUUAAGUACAUGCAAGGCACAGAAUAAUUCUUUAUGGAUUCCAUACACUAAACUACAUAUAGCAUAAUUAGAGGUGUUUUGGGUAUCGAGCUUUGAAAGUGAUUUUUUUUUUAAAGUCUUUUUGUGCUGUGUGUUAAAGCAUUAUGUUCUUCAUGUGCAGUGUGCUCCACUCCCUUUGCCAUAGCAUGGAUUCUAGUGUAACACAGAUACUAUUUAUGGGAAGAUGUUGCUUCUCAUUGGCAGUACUUGCUAAUGAACUUGAUGUCUGUACAAAACGGUGUGAUAAUUUUUGGGUUUUUCCAGACUUGCAGUACUAUGAAAUUCCUCAAUACAGAUGGCAAUGUUUGUAGAGUUUUCCCUGAGCUUUCUUGAGAUAUCCGUGCUUCUCAUGUCAGUCUAGCCUAUAUCCCAGCUUGACAAGAUACUGGAAACCAGGCAUACUUUCUUUUAACUUCUCUGAGAAUUUUGGGAUUGUGACUUUAUUUGGUGAUGCCAUAAAGAUUUAAAGUAAAUCAUGUGAUUUGGUAUUCUAUAAAUAUAGUAGUAAUAUCUGCUUUCUCAUAAAGACUUGUUGGAGGCUGUGCUCCACAGCCUGGUUGUUACAGCAGCUUUUGGGAAAGGAAUUUCCAAAAACUUCAAGUAGAUACUGCAAGGGAUUACUCCAACCAGCAGAUGGCUUUGGCAGGAUAAACUUAUUUUCCUUCAGGAAAAUGAAGAUUCUUAGGCUAGAGAUCAUGCUUGUGUAGCUCAGUGAUUAGGAACUUGCAGAAUAAAGAAAAUGAUAGAUUCUGGCUCCUGCUCUCAUUUUUGCAGCACAGGCUGUUGGGUAAAAUAAAAGGCCACAAUUCAUGAGGAAACAAAACUUCUGAUUUCUGGGGACAGGUUUAUGUAUUUCCAAUAGGUUCUGUGCCUUCAGAGUGGCCUAUUGGUUUGUAACUAAAAUACCUCUAAAUAAAACCUAACAAAAACUAUAUUUUAUCUAGUUAAUCUAGAUAAUUGAUUCCUAGGUGUGAGUCUACUGCUGCUUUUCAAGAACUUCUUGUCUUGAACCAUAUGGCAAGGCAGUGGGGGUGUUUUAGUGUGACCUGAAUAGCAGCGAAGGGAGGAUGGCUUUGCUAAGGUGAUACAGCUCAAUUUCCCUCAAGAGGGCAGUGCCAUUCAAAAACUUGUUUGGGUUUUUUGGUAGUACUUCUGCACAAGAGCCCUCUGCAAAGGCCAAAAUCAAAACUGCAGAAAUCAAACAAAAUCCUUUAUUUUGAGACAUGGUUGUGAAAUAAGUGAGUUGCAGAUGGACAUUUCUCGUGAAGCUGAUAGAGGAGAAUAGCCAGACUAGAAUUGGUGGAAUGAGGCCUUUAUACCCUUCCCUGUGGUCUGCUUGUGAGAAUGAUUGAAUGGCAGGCGCUGCUAUACAGCUUGGCAUAACACUGUUUAAAUAUGUAAUUUGAAUUUUGUUCAUCUAUGCAUGUAAUUCAGUGUAUGUCAUAUACUACAUAAAGUUUGUAGCAAAUCUG